AUGUGUCGCUCUGCUCGCGUCCGCGUCGCCACCGGGCGGACCCGGGACCGCAAGCGUGCGGGAGGCGCUGUCGGGCAGGCGGAGCCCUUGGAGUGUGGCCUCCUCCGCGGGGAGACUCGCCCUGUGCCACCCUGGGCCUCUUCCAGACGCCUGGGCAUUACUGUGUCUCGUGAUGAAGAACAAAACUUGAAUCAUUACGUACAAGUUUUAGAGAACCUAAUACUAAGUGUUCCCACUAGGGAACCAGGCCCUGAGGAAAAAUCAAAGUCUCCAAAAAAUCUUUAUUCUAUAGGAUCAAAGAGGUCAAAAUCUGAGGAGACAGUUACACCGUCAACUGAGAAUAAUGUUUUAAUCAAGGAUGUUAGUGCAGGAAGUACUCCUUUCUCUACUAGAGACUUCACAUCACCGGGAGUAGGGAAGAAACUAAUGACUGAAAAUACACCAUUCUGGUCAAUCAGACCAAACAAUGUUUCUGUUGUUUUACGUGCGGAAGAACCUUAUAUUGAAAAAGAAGAACCAGAGCCAGAGCCAGAGCCAGAGCCAGAGACAGUGACAGUUACAAAACACAGCCGGGCCUCAACGUUGUCACCAAGUAUUACACAAUUAUCUACUGCCACAUCAUCUACUGCCAAACUAUCUCCAUUUACAACUCUCAGUUCUACCAGCAGAUCUCAAAUGUACCUGUGGACAGAUUCAGAAGAUGUUCCUCAGCUCUCAGAUGACUCUGCAUCAAGCAGAUUUAAAUUCCCAAUAUAUGAACAACACUCAGACAAUAUGCGUAAUGAUAUCAUUUUGAGAAAAAUUUCAGAAAUAUAUGCACAAAUGCAACAGGCACCUCCUGGUGACAGCAAUAAUCCAGAAUAUAAAGAGUAUAUUAAAGCCUCUAAAGAGCUCCUGAAACGAAGCCUUGCUCUAGCAGAAGCAGCAGAAUAUAGAUUAGAAAAAAUGUAUACAUCCGAGGCAUUGGCACAAGGACGAACCAGUAAUCAAAUUGUUGACAUUGAAACUGUUAUUAAUACGCUGUAUAAUUCUAGAUCUAAAUUACCGGAAUAUUUAGAUAUUAAAUAUGUUCCAGCUGAGAUGAGAGAAAGGGCUAAUACAGUAUUCAGUACAUUGAAAAAUAUAUUAUGUGCAGGUCAAGUAGAAACUCAAAAUCUUAUUAAGAAGUUAUUAAGCAAUAAUAUAAAAAUGUUAAACCUACUUGAUAUUCCACGAUAA